AUGUCGCAAAUCAUCGCCUCCCACGUCCCCACCUCGGUGUCCAAGGAAAAGCUCGAGAACUUCUUCUCGUUCUGCGGUCAGGUGACCCUGGUUUCCCAGCUCAAGUCCGACGACGCCAAGUUCAACUCGUUCGAAGUCAAGUUUGCCCUGCCCAAGGCGUUGCUGACGGCGUUGUUGUUGAACGAUGCCGAGCUCGAUGGCCUCCCCAUCCAGGUGAAGGAGGACACCGGCGACGCUGCUGCCGAUAAGGCGCCCAGCUACGACCACUCGCUGGCGCAAGCUACCGACGACAACAAGAUCCAGGCCACCGUCACCGGCGACAAAAACUACGACGACGUCGACCAGGAGGAAAAGCCCAAGUACGCGAUCAUGGCGCAGUUGUUGGCCAACGGCUACAUCAUCGGCGACAACAUCAUCCAGCAGGCGUUGGAACAGGACAAGAAGAACGGCUACCUGGAAAAAUUCAAGAACUUUUUGACCCAAUUGGACGAAAAGUACAUACACUCGUCCGACCCGGACUCGUUGGCUAACCAGAAGCUCAAGCAGGGCCAAGAGACCUGGGAAGCGUGGCAAAAGAAGUACGGGCCCCGCAUCUCGCAGUACUUGCAACAGGCGGCGUCGUCGCCUUACGGGGUCAAGAUCAACGAGUUCUACCAGAACAUCGCCCAAAACGUCCAGGAAGUGUACAAGGAAGCCCAACGGUUGGUCGAGUUGAAGAAGGGCGAACAGGAAGGCGCGGCGUCGGGUGCCUCGGGUGCCUCGGGUGCCGGUGCGUCGCAGCUGGAAAAGGCUGAUGCCUCGGAAAAGACGGCUUAA